AUCGAGGUAAAAAAUCUCUACUUUUGGUCGCGAAGGUUCCCUACUAUCUGAGCAUUGAUAAUGUUGACGAACCGCCAUCUUGAAUGCAAGAUAAAGCUCGCACGUGCUGCGAAUGAAUAUUCAAGCAAGCAUUAAAAGUGGCGUGUCUACAGUGCGACACCAGUGACAUCUACCCCCUUUGGGCGAGCAAGCGUGGCUAAUCAAGGCACCAAAAGACUCACGCGUCACACGCGCGUGCUACACCACUCCCGUGCGGCAGCUAUUUCACUGAAAAAUAAUAGCAGCUCUCUGAUUCCUUCUCGUCGACAGAAAAAUGAGCAGUUCCGAGGAGGUGUCCUGGAUUUCGUGGUUCUGUGGCCUCAGAGGCAACGAAUUUUUCUGCGAGGUUGACGAGGAUUAUAUCCAGGACAAGUUUAACUUGACAGGAUUAAAUGAGCAGGUGCCACAUUAUCGUCAAGCGCUCGACAUGAUCCUUGAUCUGGAGCCGGAUGAUGACUUGGAUGAUAAUCCCAAUCAGUCGGAUCUGAUUGAGCAGGCUGCCGAGAUGUUGUAUGGCCUUAUUCACGCUCGCUACAUACUUACCAAUCGGGGAAUCGCUCAAAUGAUUGAAAAAUAUCAAGCAGGCGAUUUUGGUCAUUGUCCACGUGUCUAUUGUGAGUCUCAGCCCAUGCUGCCACUGGGAUUGAGUGACAUUCCUGGGGAGGCAAUGGUUAAAAGUUAUUGUCCAAAAUGUAUGGAUGUCUACACACCCAAAAGUUCACGUCACCAUCACACCGAUGGCGCAUAUUUUGGUACUGGUUUUCCACAUAUGCUCUUCAUGGUUCAUCCCGAAUAUCGACCAAAACGUGCAGCAAAUCAAUUCGUACCUAGGUUAUAUGGAUUCAAAAUUCAUCCGUUAGCCUAUCAGAUUCAACAACAAUCGGCGUCGACGUUCAAGGCGCCAAUGCGAACCCUCAACUAUAAUAACGGAAAGCGCUAAGACCAUUAUUCGAAAUUGCCUAGAGAAGUUCUUUUCAUUACACUCGUAAUACAAAUCCUAAUUUCGCCCCUAAGAAAUAAAAUAUUAUUUUUUAUAUAUA